AUGGCUGCAUCACCCGCCAGCUCGCCACGGCUACCAAGUCCGCCGCCUAUCGCAGAGGAUCAAAUAGGUCCAACAUCGCCUGGACCUGCGACGGCUUCGACUGACGACUAUGGCAAGCUUGCCGUGCCGCAAAGUGUCGACCACAGCGCUGCGAGAAGGAUACGGCCUGGAACGAAAGCAAAUGACAUGGCAAAAGGACCACCAUUGGUACCGCUGACUGAGAUUGACUCGCCGUUCCAAUUGACCGAGCAUCUCAAAGCCCUACAUUAUUCCUAUACCCAUCCGACCGGAACCCAGAACCCUUCACCUAUCGACAAGACCUCGGCGCGGAAGCUCGCUCUGGCGCCUGAAGGCGUGUCGCGAGAAUUGUGGCUGUACGAGCUGUGUCGUUUCCACACGCAGAAUCUCAACUCAAUUGUCAUCACCCUCUUCGCCGCGAAACCUCCGUGUUCAUCACAGACAUGUCCCGAUAUGCGCGCAUCUGAAUGGCAAUAUCUCUGCGCCGUACAUGACCCACCGAAAUCGUGCUGUGCUAUAGACUACUGCUGCCACACACUCGACUGCGCAGGCAACACUCUUACCUCGCCGAAACACUUUCCCAGUAGACUGCAUCUGGGUUCAGAUAUCGGUAACCCGGACCAGCAAAUACGACAGCUGACAAUCAUAUUCCGUCGCCUCUACCGUAUAUUCGCGCACGCUUGGUUUCAGCAUAGGGAGGUCUUCUGGCACGUAGAGAAACAGUCAGGUCUCUACAUAUUUUUCAAGACUGUUAUAGACACGUAUGAGCUACUCCCGCCAGAUGGCUAUACCAUUCCAGAAGAGGCAGAUGGAGCAGAAGAUACACCGGUUGAACCAAAAAGUGAUGGCAUGGAAGAAGAAAAUAAAAGCUUACCUGACGAAUCUGUAGAAGAAGAUGCGCAGGACUUUGCACAAGAGCCGAAAACCGCUGUUCUUACACUCCCUGACAGCAAUGUGGAAACAAAAGUAGAACCAAUCCCCGAGAUACCCGAAGAAGUUCCGGAGCAACCCAAAGCGGAAGUGCCACCACCAGUAGAAGAGCUGGCUGAGGAGGCGAGCGAACCAGUGAAGGAGGAGGAGGAGGAGGAGGGGGAAGUAGAGGAGGUAGAAGCAAAGACGGAUCCGAAAACAGAAACAGAGACGGAAACAAACGCCGAACCAGAAAUUAAUGCUGAACCAGUACCGGAACCUGAAGCAGAACCAGUAGCAGAGCCAGAACCAGAACCAGAACCAGCAUCGGAAUCAGAACCUGCUACAGAGGUCGCAGAACGCGAGUCGAAAGCCGAGGUGGAAACCGUGGAAACAACACAGAUUGAAGCAGACGGUACUGACGAGACAGACAUAACUGCUGCUGAGGAUGAGCCAAAGGCAGAGACGGAGGCAGAACCUGAGGCAGAAAGCACUGAAAAGACUACAUGA